UCUCCGCUGAGGCUUAGCCCACGAUCUCGUACGCUCUCAAAAACUCUCGACGUUCUUUUGUUUUGCUUUCCUGUUGGACUUGACAAUCGGAUGGAUUACUAAGCAACGAAAAAGGACGAUAGAGAGGGAAAAAAAGGAAGAAGAAAAACUUGAUGGUAUUUCAGAAUGAUCAUUAAGUUCACUUUUUGGUAUUUUUCUCUAGUCACUUCCGGACAAGUAUUUUAGAAUGCCAUAGUCUUGUCCCGAGGAGUUUCAACAGUGAACUUUUUCUGUACAUUUAUCUGCUCGAAAGUGACCACAAGGAACAGCAUGCCUUUUAUGGCGUAACUGUGUACGUAGCGUAGACACAUGUACAUGUCAUACGUAUUCAUCCUCAUUUGCAUACUAGGGGCAGCUCGGGCCGUCUCGCAAUGCCCCAACAAGACGGAGCUGGAUCACUGCCUGGGGAAAAUGGCACCACGCAUGCCCAAGACGGGUCUUCCUGUCAACAAGGAACAGCUCUUCAACAUGUGCAUCGCAUUCAAGGGCGGGAUGCGGUGCGUGGACGCCUACACCCAGCGCUGCAUGUCGGCUCUCCAGCGUGAAGCCCUUGAGGAACAUCUGAAGGGCGCUCGUUCGACUCUCGCCUUCCUCUGUGACGACCCCGUGUUCCAGAGAGAAUAUCUCUCCCACGGGCCUUGCAUGGAGGAGGUGGGAGAAGACUGGGAGAAGUGCAACCAUCACUUUAAACACCUAGUCAACCAGCAGCAUUUGAACCUCAACAUAACCCAGGAGGAGAGAGAUCACAACAUCUGCUGCAUCCGAGCCGGCUUCCUCUCCUGCGUCUACGGGAUGAGCUACCUCAAGUGUGGGAAGAUCCAAGCCGUUUUCCUGAAGAAGGUGUCCGCCACGCUCUCCUACAGCGAUAUCCAGCAGGAGAAAUGCCGCAACGUCACCCUCCGCACGUGCUCGGCUGCCCCUCCUUCGGCUGUUUCCCAGGGGCCUCCUUCUGCGUCAUGUACUGGUGCUCUUCUUCUGUCUCCUGCUGGUCGCGGCGGUUCGCAAUUAGGUUCUGAUCUCUUCGUUGGUGUUCCUUUGUCCCUUCUUCGUUAAUAUCUUCUUUGUUUUCUUUUUCUUUUUUUUCUUUUUUUUUUGUUGUUGUUAA